AUGUCGCUUUUCUCGUCACUGCAACAAUACGCCGGAACCUUUGCAGCGAUCGCAGCCGGUACUAUCAUUGCCAAAGUCGUCGGCAACAUGCAGUCCGACUUGCAGGAUCCCGAACCUGACCAGGUGCCCCAAGAGCCAGGCAACUAUAAGCCCACUCCCAUCGAUGUCGUUGUUGUUAGGAUCAUGCUGGAGAAGGCAUCCAAGUUACCGCCGGAAAUCAUGGAUAUCAUUAUCGACGAAGCCGAAUAUUGGGCGCACUCGGAGGCCAGCAUAUCUACCGAUCUUCGUGUCGUCGGCACUACAUCCGAAGAGAACAAGCUUCUCCUGAGAUGCCCACCGAUCGGCUUCCGCGACUUCAAGAAAGUUGGUGCAGCGUUCAAGACCGCCCCUCUCCCACCCAAGUCGGGUGACGGGUCCCCCGUUACCGAGCCCCUCCGCAGUUUGACCCUGCUCGAACCCAUGUCAAGCCCCACCGAGAUGACCUCCGAGGCCCCGAGAGAGUACUUUACAGGAUCGAUGGAGCGACCGCCCAUGCUGACCAACCCCGUCCGCAAGAUCGUCUUCAAGAUUCGAAGCAGAGACCAGGGCUGGGGCGGUGCCGUCGCCGACAAAGGAACCUACCGCGGAUCCUGGUCGUGGUUUGAAGCGGGUCUGGAGAAGUUUGACAAGGAUCGAAAAUGCGACGGUUCUUGCAAGGCGUCUGCCCAGGAAUCCCAAUCCGAGAACACAUCCGACGGGGAAGAGCCGGCCCUUUGCACAUGCGGCCUGCAGUCGAUAUACCCCCCCGUCGAACAGCUGCCCCAUGGGCAACUCGCAUACCACCAUCACAUGCACCCGCUCGAGAACCUCAAGAUCCAAAACAACAAGACUGCGCAUAGACCAUUCCUGGACCACGAGGUCGUCUGGUCCUGGUCUGACGAUAUCCACCCCGAUUCGCCCGAAGCCGACCAGCUGGUUGAAAUGGGCCGCGGCAGGGGCACUGGAACUGGGAAGUUCGUGCGCAGUCUGAAGCUGGGCGAUGUGAUCACGGUAUGGGGCAAGGCGCGGUUCGGUGGCUGGGCCAACCACAUUCAGAGCGUCAAGGUCGAGAUUUACUGGGCGGUAUGA